AUGCCAGGGGAAAAGAAUUGGAUAGAAGAAGGUCGUCCCAGUAAUGGAUCCACAGUUGUCAAGAGACACAGAGCAACACAUCGCCUAACGGCCCUUGUCACCACUCUAGUGUUAGCCACGGUAGUAUUGUUAUUUCUCACACAUCGGUUCUCCAGUUGGGAGCAAUCCGGCAGCAAAGAACAGAUUUUCAGCUCACUCAGUCUUGAUGAACCUGGGUUGCGCACUGAAGUGUGUCAACAGUACGAUUACAAGUCACCUGCUUCGUACAAGAAGGAUAACUCGACGGUGCUCAAGAUUUUAUUUGACCCUACAUUUAGGAACGCAUCAGCGAAAAAACUUUCUGGUGCAGUGCAAGUAGCUACUGACGUGUACGAUGAGGAUCCUAGUGUGGAGGAAGACCCCCAGUAUUGGCAAGACAAGUUUGAACCUUUUUACAACUAUCUCAACAAGACAUUCCCCAUUGCAUUCACUCACUUUAAAGUGGAGUUGGUCAAUUCCCAUGGGAUCAUAAUUACAUGGCAAGGCUCGGACUCAUCGUUGAAGCCGGUUUUGCUUACUGCUCAUCAAGAUGUUGUUCCUAUCCAGCCUUCAACUUUGAACCAGUGGACAUAUCCACCUUAUGAAGGUAAAUACGACGGUGACAAGCUAUGGGGCCGUGGCUCUUCCGACUGCAAAAACUUGCUUGUUGGAUUAUUGGAAGCGUUGGAGCAAUUGUAUGUGUUCAAGUUUAGACCCAAGAGGUCAAUCGUGCUUGGAUUUGGUUUUGACGAGGAGAUUGGCGGUGACCGCGGCGCUGGCGCCAUUGCCAACCACCUCACGUCCAAAUACGGCGACGAUUCAUUCUAUGCCAUUGUCGACGAAGGUGGACAAAGUAUCGCUUAUGAAAAUGACGUGUUGCUCGCAUUGCCCGGAACGGGCGAAAAAGGGUAUACAAACAUCCAUGUCGGGUUAAACACUCCCGGCGGCCAUUCCAGUGUGCCUCCAAACCACACGUCGAUUGGGAUAAUUUCCAAAUUGCUUGAGAGUUUGGAAGAGGAUCCGUUCCCACCAAUCUUUACCCCCAAGAAUCCAACAUUCCAUGAGUACCAAUGCGUAGCCAAGUACUCUUCCUCGUUGCCAUCGCAUUUGAAAUGGGGCAUACUACAAGCUGAGCAUAACCCGCGCGCCAACCGCGUUGCCAAAAACUGGCUCUUUGACAAGUCGUUGCUUUCACGCUACUUGAUUUCGCUGUCCCAGGCCAUUGAUAUCAUCAAGGGCGGAGUCAAGUCGAAUGCAUUACCAGAAUAUGUGGAAGCGGUGAUAAACCACCGUGUCGCUGUUGAAUCAACAGUUGAAGAAGUUUACAACCACGACUUGUACCACGUGAAUCAAAUUGCUGAAAGCUUCAAUUUGGGGGUCAUUUCCGAAAACACUACAUUGAGAGAGCCCACCGAGAAUGGCUACUUUACCAUUAGAUCGUCAGGUACACUUGUUCCAGCACCAGUUACACCAACAACGGGACGUGUAUGGGAAUUGUUCUCGGGCAAUAUUCGUCACGUGUAUGAGCAGUUGGCAUUCAGUGAUCCCAAACUGGAAUAUCAUGGCCAAACUGUGGUUGUUGCUCCGGGGAUUGCAACUGGUAACACUGACACUAAAUUUUACUGGAACUUGACGAGAAACAUUUUCAGGUACAGACCUGGUUUGAUGACCAGUGUCGAAAGCCAUGCUCAUGGUGUUGAUGAACAUAUUUUGUUUGAUUCGCAUUUGCAAAUUAUUGCUUUUUAUUUUGAAUAUUUGCAAUUGAUUGAUGAAGAAAGCGAUGACGAGUGA